AUGAGUACACGAAGGGACUAUAGAGGAUACGGAGUAUUGAAUAAGGGAGAGGAAGAUGAGGAGGCUUGUGCUCCAAUAUUGGGAAACCCUAAAUUGAGCAGAAACAGAACAGUUCCUGCUUCUGCUGCUGCUAAGUUCUUUAGAUCUUCAUCGAAGAAGGUUACAUCGGAGGACAAUUUUCGUGCAAGUGCUCAGCUAAAAGAAGCGAAAAAGGCGAGCAAGAUUCACCCGAUAUUUAGUUUAUUUGAAACGAAGAGGAAGAAAAAGGCAACUGCUAGGCCUGAAUUCUCAAGGUACAUUCAGUAUCUUAGAGAGGGAGGUUUUGGUGAUGUAUUGCAGACGACUACUACUUAA